AUGAAUUACGACGAAGACAGCGUGUCGUUAGACGUAAAUCAACCAAUCUUUGCUCUUACUCAAUACACCAAAUCCAAUUUCCGCGAUCAACCAAAUCUUCCUUUGGUUUCUGCUCCACCUUCUUCAGCUCAACAACAAGCACCUCAUUCAAGUGUUCCCCCGUUUCCCGAACUAGGCCUUGCCGUCGGCACAACCUUCAACUCUUGGGAAAAUGUCGACGAAUUUCUGCUGGCAUAUGGCCGACAACAAGGCUUUGUUGUCCGCAAGAAAAGGGUCGAAAAGGACGACGCAGGUUUAGUUCGAAAACGCACGUAUGAUUGUGAGCAUGGUGGAAGGUAUACACCGAAGAAGAAAGCACCAUUGAGCGAUCAACGAAAUAGGAAGUCAAAAAGAAUCGAAUGCGGUUGGCAUAUUAAUCUAAGUUAUCCUAAGACAGGACAUCAUAUUACCGUAACAACAUUUAUUAAUGAACAUAAUCAUGACCUGAAUUGUGAUUACAGUGGGAAAGAGCCUGGAAGAUCAGGACGAAUGUUUAGAGGGUUGAAUGGACGUCGUAAGAAAGGACUUUAUGCUGGAAGUUUAGAACAAAUACAGGCGGAACCACAGCGACCACACGAUGUAAUGAUGGAAGUUGAAUCUGUACAGGCAAUGGAUGACGAAGGCGAUGUUUUACCACCGCUGGAUUCGCAUCUAGCACAUACACAGAAUUUACAGCAACAAUCAUCUCAAUCCCAAAAAGGAAAUCAACGACAACAACAACAGCAACAGCAGCAGCAACUACGGCAAUCACAGCUAUCUGAGCAGCUACAACAGCAAUCACAACAGCAAGAAUUACAGCAGCAACCACAGCAACAACCACAGCAUCAACAACUAUCACAACAAUCACAACAACGACGACAACAACAACCACAACAACCACAACAACAACAACAACAACAACCACUACAACCACUACAACCACUACAACAACCACAACAACAACUACAACUACAGCAACAACAGCGACAGCAACUACAGCAACAAGAACAACAACGUAAUCACAUAUCUCACACAACGACAAGCUCUUCAACCUCCACAUCCCAUUUCGCCCCAGCACAGUCUCAGGCACAAACACAAACACAAUUCACUUUUGUUCCUGGCCGUUACCGUCCAUCUUCCUUGAUUUCCCACCAGACAAAUUCGAAUUCUAUUCAUUCACAUACAAAACAUCGAUCUGCAUCAACCGCUUCGUCCGCAAACAAUACUGCAAUUCCACCCCAAAUUCUCGAGGAAAUAAAGUUCUAUACAAUUCAUGGAAAUCUUUCACCGCCCAUACAACGUUCAUUGUUGAAAUGCAAAUACCCUAAUAUUCCCAUUUCGGUAAGAGACAUUACAGCCGCAAUACAGAGAAUGCGAUCGAAUGGGGAGAGAAUGGGUUCGGAAAGGUGGGAAAGUGUAUCGGAAACGAGCAACAAUGCGUCGGAUGGUAACGAUAUGAAAAGAAUGUGGCUUUCAGAGCUGUCACGAAAAGCGUUGGCAUUAGCUAUUGAGUGUGGAGAUGAUAAGUAUGAACAAUUAUUAAUGGAUUAUAUCAACGAGAAAGCAAGCCCGAGGUGCGAAAGAGAACAAUAA